CAAUCUUCUCCAUUCACUCAUUCCAUUUUCUCAUGGAAAACUCAGAAACAACCACAACAAUUUCUUCAGCGCCAAACCCAGUUAGGCAGAAGGUGCGCACGUACGCGGCGUGGGCCGUCAUACCAGAUCACGUCUCGAACAGGAUCAAGAAGGUGAUGGAAGGCCUCCGCGACGAAUUCGGUGGGCCCGAGAUCACGCCCCACAUCCCCGUUCUGGGGUCCAUCCGCACCAGGGAAGAUGACGUCAUCAGAAACUUCAAAGAGGCCUGUGGGAAAAGCUCUUGCUUCCCAUGUACAGUUGUGGACGUGCUCCCCGGUCCAUUCUAUUACCAAAAUGUUUACCUCUUCAUUCAUCCGGAUCAGGUAACUUAUCCAAUAAGAAAUUUCACUGACCAUUUCGACCAAUUGGCAGCAGCAGCAGCUAGCCUAGUGGUAGAAGAACCAUUCUCCAUUGCGCCAAUCCAUGUGAUGCCUCAGCAUUCUCUCAGGGUAACCAAUAUGAUGUCCAGUCUCAAAGUAGACGCCAAAGUAGCACCCGACCUUCCCAGUAAUGAUUCCAGACCACCAGCCGUCGUUGUCAAAUGCAUCAACCCUGUCCCCGUCAGCGAACCCGGCUUUCGUUUUCUUGGGCGGAGGCAGAGGAGGCAGAGGCCGUAUCUCAUCCCCCUCGACCACCUCUUCCAGAGGUAUGGAGUGGUCGUCCUCGCAUACGAGGCGGUUGUACUUCACUUUGUACUUGUUGUCCCCCAUGUUUUGCAGUAUGGUUGCUCCAUAGUAGGAGCCCUGAAACCCGUCUUCUCUGCUGCACACUUCGACCCUCUUGCCUUGUGUAAAAGCCUUUGCUCUAGGGAAACCCAUUUUGGAGAAUGAACGAGAAUGAGAUGAGAGUUGCUCUUGUGAAAUGGUACGAGGAGAGUGUGUGUGAGGGUCGCAAUAUAUAGAGGUUGGGUUGGAUUUCCUAAUAGGUUUGGGAUUUAGGCUUUCCUAUUCUGUUUAGGAUUUCGGGUUUCCUAUUUAUUUAUCCCAAUU